AGACGGUGUUCACCCCAAAAAGGUAAUUGCCGUGGUGAGGUGUGCAACGUGCCGUUCUCGGCAUCGGCGCAGUUUGAACCCUGCAUGGGAUGCCGUCGAACGACCAUUGCAUCCUGAAAGUAUUUAUUGACACGCUCAUUGAACGUGGCGGGGACCUCUCUUGUUGGUUACCUUGGCACAAGUUCUCACAAUCAGCGACUUCUAGACCAGUAUCGCCAUCGUCAACAUGCCAAUUGCAGUUGAUGACCCUAGAGUCCGCCUGCUGAAAACGGCGUUCGUGACAUAUUAUCACAAUGACCUGAACAAAGCCACAAAAUUUCUGCUAGAUUUCGGAUUUGAAAUAGCUGAACAGAGGGACGAUGUGAUCUUCUGCAAGGGUUACGGACCAGAUCCAUACUGUUACGUCGCGAGACGCGCGGAAGGUGGUCACCCAAGGUUUGGCGGUGCAGCCUAUCUCGUUGAGUCUGAAGAAGACCUUAAAAAGGCCAGUCGGAUACCUGGAGCGUCGACCAUCAGCAAGCUAGACGCACCAGGCGGCGGCGUCAGCAUCACCUUGACAGAUCCAGUGGGACACCAAGUACAUCUUGUCCAUGGAAUCAAGGAGAAGGAGCCAGAGUCGAAAGACCUGCAGAAGCUGGUAGUCAACUAUGAAGAUGAAAAGCCACGAAUUGGCCACUUUCAGAGAUUCACGCCGGGUCCAGCUCCAGUCCACAAAUGGGGACAUUACGGCGUGAGCUACCCUCCAGGAACAUACCGGAAAAUGGUUGACUGGUACACAUCGAAUCUGACGCUCGCAUUCUCGGAUAAGGUGACGAUUGGAGGCGAGGAAGCAGUGUCGUUCUUCCACAUUGAUCGAGGAACAGAUUAUGUUGACCACCAUAGCUUCUACAUCAAGCCCGCAAAAGAAGAUGAGAAGCCGGAUGUGGCACAUAGCGCAUUCGAAGUUCAUGAUUUCGAUGUUCAGCAACUGUCACAUAAUUAUCUCGAGUCCAAAGGGUACGAGCUGUCUUGGGGCGUCGGGAGGCAUGUGCUUGGUAGCCAGAUUUUUGACUAUUGGUAUGAUGAGUCUGGUUUCGAAGUCGAGCAUUAUGCCGAUGGAGACUUGGUGAACUGCGAGACCCCAGUCACGGUGCAGGAGAAUGGACCCAAUACCAUGUAUGUCUGGGGUCCUCCUAGGCCUGCAACAAGGGUGUGAUUUUCAGCUGAAGUCCUGAUACUCGGCUACCUGGGUUACUGUGCAGUGGUAAUCAAGACGCCCGUACGGAAGGAAGCUGGCAGAGGCGUCGACUGU